AUUUUACACACGGAACGACACGCGCGCGCAACGCUAUCGUUCGGAACGUUCGAAAUCGUAAAGAAGUGAAGAAGAAAUAAUAAUAAUCGCAACGACGACACAUCAUCAUGACCGGUCGCGGUAAAGGAGGAAAGGGUCUGGGGAAAGGUGGAGCCAAGCGACACAGGAAAGUACUCCGUGAUAACAUCCAGGGUAUCACCAAACCGGCCAUACGUCGUCUGGCACGCAGAGGCGGCGUCAAACGUAUCUCCGGUCUGAUAUACGAAGAGACCAGAGGCGUUCUCAAAGUAUUCCUAGAGAACGUCAUCCGCGACGCCGUCACGUACACCGAGCACGCGAAGAGGAAGACCGUCACAGCCAUGGACGUCGUGUACGCCCUGAAGCGACAGGGACGCACCCUAUACGGUUUCGGCGGUUAAACGUUCGGCGUGUCUAUACGUAUAUAACCGGCUCCCGACUACGUGAUAUAAAGCAGAAUAGGAACAACAACAACACCAACACCGACACCGACACCGACACCGACAACAUCAUCAUGACGAUAUCAUCUCAUCGUCACGAAGAAUAAACUGAAGAAAUGUCGUCUUGUCAAUAUAUAUACAUGUGUGUGUAUAUAUAUAUAUAUAUAUACGUCUCGCGUGUGACUGAGUGCCUGUGCCUGUGCCGAUUCUUCUCCGCCCGACUGCCCGACUGGAAUAAUAUUAUACGAAUAUAAAUUUUCUCUUCUCGCUUUAUAUCAUGUGUCAUCGGAAAUAUUUUUGUUUUUUAAAAAAAAGGCCCUUUUCAGGGCCGCAUAUGUAUCCGUUAAAAUAUAUUAUUCACAAUAGUGAAUAUCGAAUACGAGUUUCAACGACGGAAUAAUAUAAAAUGGAUGAUAGGUAUUAUAGGUGGUGGUGGUAGGUGGUGCCGAACUCCACCUAUCUAGUUGGAUUUCAAAUUCAACUUACUAAAAUCUACUCUCACGACGACAAACACAGUAAACGAACACAUUAUUAACUCUCAUAUCAUAACA